GCAGCUUCCUAGUCCUAGGGUUAGAUUUCCAAGCACCACGCCACCCGUACACGGUUUCCAGCAGAGCAUUCCGGAAGGAGGGGGCGCGAUGUGGCACGAGGCGCGGCGGUCGGAGCGGAAGGUCCACGACCUCAUGGACGCGGCCCGCCGCCGGGCGCAGCGCCGAGCCGUCUACCUCGCCCGCCGCCGCGGCGACCCGCAGCAGGCGCUCCAGGUCUCCGGCACGCGGUGCCGCGUUCACCGCGACGACGCCCUGUACCAGGCCACCGAGGACCAGCAGGGAUUGUGCGUGCCCAAUCCUCUCUCACCAUCUCUCCUAUCGGAUACAAUGGAAUGGAAAGCAAGAUGUUUUGAUUGACAGAUUUGAUGGCCGUGCAUUGCUUGAUUUUAUCCGAGACUCGAGCUCUCGCCCUUUUCGAGUCCAAGGGAAAUCUGAAGAAGAGGAAGAGUUAGAGGAAUUUGUUAAUUUUGAACGUUACCGGGAUUUGAUUAAGCAUCGUCGCAGAGGAUUUUCUGAUGAGGCCGGUUUGCAGCAUGUUGUGCAAGAGUUGGAGGCAAAAGCUCUUCUUCCUUUUAGCUUUGACAAACCACAAUCCUCACAGCCUCCUGCUAGCAAAGGCGCAUAUUCACAGGUUGGAUACUCAUACAAGGGAGACGGAAAUGAGGAAUCUGAAGACCUAGACAGUGAUGACGACGACGAAGAGGAAGAAGUUGAUGAUGAUGACAAGGACUUCAGUAGUGAUGAUAGCAGUGAUGAACGAAUGGAAAGUAUAGCGAAAGAAUUUGGGAUAAAAAGAUAUAACUGGCUUGUUUACAUGGAUAAAAAAAACAAAGAACAGGAGAAGAGGCAGAAAGAAAUUGUUAAAGGCGACCCAUCUAUAAAAAAAAUGAGCCGUAGAGAAAGAAGGAAGGCUUCUCAGAUUGAGCGGGAAAAGGAGCGGGAGGCAGCACGUUCUGUUGGAAGGGUAUCUUAUCGUGAUCCUUAUAGGGAACAAAGGAGAAGCCCAUCAUAUGAAGCAUAUUCAAGGGGCAGAAGAUCAAGAUCGAGAUCAAGAUCUCGUUCACCAUCCCAUUCUAGGCGUCAUGGCCGUGGGAUACAUGCUGAAAGCAAUUAUUGGAGCAAGCAAAAGGCUCCUAGGGUUGAAUAUAUUACUGAAUUUGGAGGUUCCGAUGAUACCAGUGAACCAAAAGUUUCAGGGAUCUCUCCGCCUUCGUCUCCAAUACGAAUUGACAUACCUAACCGGUUGUCUGGUGGUCAAAUUCUUGAGGCACUUCACAGUGAUCCUGCCUCUUCUUUGUCUGUGGAACAGGAAAGAACUGCAAAACUUUUGAAACCUUCCCCCAGUACAUCAUCAGCAUUAGCUAAACUAAGCAAGGUUGCUUCUGGGGGAACUGGUAAAACUCCCCAGACUGAAAAGAAAGAAACACCACAAGAAAGACUUAAGAGGAUAAUGAGCAAACAGCUUAACAAGCAAAUUAAAAAGGACACGGCUGCUGAGAUUGCCAAGAAACGAGAACAGGAACGACAAAGGCAGGAAAAACUUGCUGAAGUUGGUCGAUACAAGCGUCGUAGCCGCAGUAGAAGUCUUAGCCGUUCCCCACCAAGAAGGCGGCGAUAUAGCAGAAGCCGUAGUAGGAGCAGAAGCCCAAGAAGGUACCGAUCCCGCUCGCUCUCCAGUUCCCGGUCGCCCUCUCGCUCUCCAAGGUACCGAAGCAGGUCAAGACACUGAAAAUAUCCAGGCAGCCACUAACAAAGUGCCUUGCCAUGUUGUAGUUAAUUUAUUUUAUAGACUUUUUCAUUCCUGCAGCGAUGUGUACUCAUGAGAAGCCUCCGUUUUUGUUUUCUUAGUCCUAUUAUCGACAGUGUGUGUUCCUUGUGUUUCAGAAGGUUUAUUCUCUGUUCCUCAUGGCUUGCCCCUUUCAAGCAAGCGUAAUUUUAGGGCAUGUUUGGCCAGACCAGCUUCCAGGCCGAAUUUAGUAGUAUUGCCAAGCAGUUCUUUUA